UGCUUUUCCUCGUCUCUUCCUCCACCGUCCGAUGGAUCGAUCUGACGUCUCACGUAGAGCAACGGCAAGCGGAAGUCCCGGGACGCACGGCCGCGCCGCUAGAUACAGAGUGGCGGCACUGGGCAAACUCUCCUUCUCUUUCACCUCCUGGGUUCUGCUAUCGGGAAGGGGAAGAUCCAAGAACCGGUUCUGCUUCGAGCUUGAGAAUCAAACAAGUGUGGUCCAUAAUGUUCGAUGAAGAUGAUGGAGUGGAUCCACAAUUCGAGGAUGUCAACGAGUACUAUUUUGAGGAUGGUGAAGAGAAGCCUAUUUGUUUCAAUAUCCUGCCUUUCCAGUUUGGUGAGAAUAAUGAAGUGGCGGAUUAUGACAUUGAGAACGUAUACUUACGUGGAUUUGCGGAUAAAAGCCUUCAUAUAUACAGGAAGGUGGUGGGUUGGAGCUUAAGACUUGACCUUGAGCAACCCAACAUCUAUGUGCUUUCUAGUGAACAUAAGUGGAUAAGACUAUUGAAGCCACGAAAAUGUUAUGAGAAGUUCGUUCGAUCAAUAUUGAUCACGGUGCAAAUGAUCCACUUUGUUAGAAAAAGAGACAAGAGAAGUUGUUGGCGUCACCUUUGGGAUCACCUUCAUGAAGUUUUCGAUAAAUAUGAUACUGAGCCCGUGUUGGACGACUUGAUAAAGCACCAACCCUUGAUCAAGUUGUUCAUAGAGAGGGAUCAAACAUUGAUGGAGUCAAAGAUUAUACAAAGGUUUAUUAAGAAUAACUUCAAGAAGAUCAAUAAGCCUAUUUUGAAGACCAUGGGUACCAAAGCGCAAGUCUUCAUCAGUGAUGAGCGGUGUGCAAGCAAAAAUGAUGAUGACAAUGACUACAACGAAGUUGAUAGCGACGAUGAUAGUAGUGGUGAUGACACUAAUGAUGAUGAUGGCACUGAUCAAAUAUGUGCGAUUUGUGAUGAUGGAGGAGAUUUGCUUAGCUGUGAAGGUUCAUGCAAGAGGUCCUUCCAUCCCACAAUGGAAGAUGGUAGAGAAUCUAAAUGUGAAACUCUUGGUUACACAUCUGCACAAGUAAAGAGAAUUGAUAUUUAUUUAUGUGAAAACUGCAAAUAUAAGCAACACCAAUGUUUCAAAUGUGGAGAGCUUGGGCCAUCCGAUGGGCCAAAUGCUAAGGUGUUUCAAUGCAAUAACGCAUCUUGUGGACAUUUUUACCACCCGAAAUGCAUUGCGCAAUUAUUAGAGCCUGAUGCCACUGAUGGAGCUUGUGAAUUGGAGAGAAGGAUUUUGGCAGGGAUGUCAUUUACAUGCCCUAUACAUUGGUGUUUCAAAUGCAAACACAUGGAGGACAAAACUCAAAGAGCACUUAAGCUUGCGGUGUGUAGACGUUGUCCAAUGGCAUAUCACAGAGAUUGUCUGCCAAGGGAAUUUUCCUUGAAUACAAAGGACAACAAUGUCAACAAACGUGCUUGGAAGCUUUCCGGAACACUUCUGAUUUACUGCCUGAACCAUAAAAUUGACAAGGCUACUGGAACAGCCAGAAGGAAUCAUAUAAAAUUCCCAGCUAUUCCAGAAGGUAGCAAAUCAAGAGAUCUUGGUAAGAACGAAGACAGGAUGACUGGCAAAAGGAGAAACAAUACUGAUCAAAGUUCAACAAAAUCUACCAAGACAAACAGGCUAUUUAUAGAAGAAAGCAAGAAAACCCAUAGUGUAGUUGUGAAUAACUCAUCGCUGUGCAUUGUUCUAGAAUCUCAGUGUGCAGCAAAGCGCUUGAAAGAGGAUCUACAAUUUGGACCAUCUAUGGUUGGUACUGCAGUUGUGGAUAGCUUGUCAGAACAUAUGGUCCUAAACCCUGUGCGUACAACAAAGUGCUUGAAAGAGGACCUUCAAUUUGAACCAUCUGUGGUUGGGGAUGACUCUAGUCUAAGUGGUCUAGAAGCUGUAAAAGGGCAGGAAAAGCAAUUUGGCACAUCACCAUUUGUUACAGGAACUAGAGUACGAAUGAGCUCAUCCUGUGUUGUGGGCAGACAAGCGGAAGACAGGGUUACGAGUAAGGACAAUAAGGAAACAUCCUCAGGGAGAUCCCAUGAUAUUGCUAGGAAGCGUGUUAUGCCAUCAACUAAGGGCAUUUAUGGUCCUUCUGUUCAGGACAUCUUGCCGGAGAACUCUCUUGUAGACAAGAAUGCUGAAUGGGACAGAACUAAAGGGGAUAAAUAUGUCAGCGAAAGAGAUAAAACAUCAGAGCAUUAUUCAGGAGAAGAAAGUGGUGCCCCCAACAAAGACACCUCCCAUGAAAAUCAUGAGCAGAAUGCUGUGCUCGACAACCUCUUUGUGGAGAAACAUGCUGAAGAGGAUGGAAGCAAACUAAAAUCAGGAAAAGGGAUGGGCAUGGAACGAGGAGAGAAUGCAUAUGGACAUAACUCGAUAUCAGGACAAACAGAAGAGAUCUCCAGGAGAGAAAAUCGAAUAGGGAAAAGUACGUGCGAACAAGAUUCAAGAUCAGAAAAACGGAAGAUAGCUAGGAAUUACAGCAAAUCUGGUUCAGGGAAUGGUGUGGUGACACUAGAUAAUAUUGAUGACCACCCUACAGAAAAGCAACUUCAUGUUGUACGUGUGGAUAAGGCAACUAUUGCAAACAGAACAGAUACUCAGUCAGAAUAUGGAUGUGGUGAAGACCGAGAAGUUAAUGAAAGCUAUGCUUGCCAAGAGAAGCAAAAUAGUUCGCAGUGCAAUGAUAAUCCUAAAGUCAUAGAAAUAGAUACUGUAGGUGAAAAGUUGAGAAAGAGAAUUGAACACAAGGAAAAGGCUACUGGUAUUAACAAAGCGGACUUGGAUAAUAACAGAAAAUACAAUCAAAUAGAUGGAAAAGAAGCUCGUUAUGAAGAUAAAGUUCUGGAUUGCAGGUUAAAAAGUAGUGGACACAACGGUCCACAGAGUAACGAUGAGAAUGCAGCAGGAGAGACUUCUAAAUACAAGUCCAGAGAGAGGACAUGA